ACCCACAGGCUGGCUGAGAAUGAGGCAUAGUUGAUUAGUUGAUUAAAAAAAAAUCAGUCAUUACAAAAUUGUUUUUAAACUCACACGUGCUUUUAAAGUGUUGUGGUUUAAAUGACUUUAAGAUUUAAAAAAUUCAUUUGUAAAGAUAGCGUUCAUUUAAAAGAUGUUAAAACUGCAGGAUCUCCUCAUGAAAUAGGAGGUUGUAGCUUCUAAUUACAGUAUAUACAAUUUCAGAAAGAUAUUCCGGUAAUCUUUUAAGACAGACUUUAUAAAUAGCUCACAUCAGACGAUGGGUUAUAUUGGAAAGCCAGUCUUCUGGGGUUUCUUGAAGAAUGCUUGGGAUCUGUGAGGAAGCUCUAGGCUCUUGGAGGCUAGGUAGCAGUUCACUCAGUAGGAGUUUGUGCUCCUUUUGCUCAAUAUUUAACCUGGUAGCAUUUGAUUGAUAAGUUCAUUAGGAGCUAACUAGAAGAACUUCCCACACUUGUCAGUUUGGAAAAUGAGGCCCGGGAAGGGAAAGUGACUUGUUGAGGGUCACCAUUAUAGAUGAAAGUUUAAUACAGGAUUGUGUUAAUAGCUCCUUUCUGGGAUAUCUGAUGUGUACUAACCACUAAUUCCUGUGCUUUUAUACAUUAUCUCAUUAAAAUUCUGGUAUUUUCGAUUUAGGUUGUGUUAUGCACACUUUACAAACAAGGGCAUUGAGAUUUACAGAGAUAGAGUAACUUGCAUAAGAUCACGUAGCUACCAAUGGUGUCAUCCAAUGGAAUUUUCUUCAGUGUUGGAAAUGGUUCUGUCUGUGCUGUCCAGCAUAGCAGCCACAAGGCACAUAUAACUGAGUCUUUGAAAUGUAGCUAGUGGACUGAGGAACAACAGUUUAAGCUUUUUUUUUUUUUUUUUGAAAUGGAGUCUCGCUCUGUCGCCCAGGCUAGAGUGAGUGCAGUGGCGCAAUCUCGGCUCACUGCAACCUCCGCCUAGCUGGUUGAGAUGGAUUCUCGCUCUGUAGCCCAGGCUGGAGUGCAGAGGUGCGGUCUCGGCUAACUGCAACCUCCGCCUCCCGGGUUCAAGCGAUUCUCCUGCCUCAGCUUCCCGAGUAGCUGGGAUUACAGGCGCUUGCCACCACGCCCAGCUAAUUUUUUGUAUUUUUUAGUAGAGACGGGUUUUCACCAUGUUAGCCAGGCUGGUCACGAACUCCUGACUUCAGGUGAUCCACCCGCCUCGGGCUCCCAGAGUGCUGGAAUUACAGGCGUGAGCCACCACACCCAGCCUAAGUUUUAUUUACUUGUAAUUAUUUUAAACUUAAAUUUCCACUUAUGGCUAGUGGUUACGAUAUUGGAGAGCAAAGUGUAGAACUUUUUGACUCCCAAAUCUUUCACAUGUAGCUUGGUCAUAUUGCUCUUUAUUUUACUUUGAGACAGAGUCUCGCUCUGUUACCCCGGCUGCAGUGCAGUGGCAUGAUCACUGGCUCACUCACUGUAGCCUCCACCUCCCAGGCUGAAGUGAUCCUGUCACCUUGGCCUCUCCAGUAGCUGGGACUACAGGUGUGCACGCCACCAUGCCAGGCUAUUUAUUAUUAUUAUUGUUUUUUUGUAGAGACAGAUCUCACUAUGUUGUUCAGGCUGCAUACUGCUCUUUAGAUCUCUUAGUUCAUUUUUCUUUCUUCUACGAUAUCAGAAGUUACAUUCAGCCCUUAAAUGGAAUUUAAAGACUGAGUUAGCUAUAUAGCUCAACUUUGCUUUCACAUGUAGAGUGGAUAAAAUAUGCACAUUAUUUGUUAACUAUUUGGUUUUAAAAACAAUGCUUACAUGUCAUAGUUAAAACUGGUGGAAAAAACUUUAAAUGAUAUCUUCUUUUUUGGUUUAAUAUAGGAAUUGUACAUAGGAAUUGCUGAAAAAGCAGUCAGAGCUUGUUGGUUAUUUUAGUGUAAUAAAAGAGUACAAAUAGGAAGCAAUAUGAAAAGUCACUAAUAGAAAGUUGAAAAAAAUGAUCCUGUCAUACCCAUGUCCAUCCGUUCAUUGGACAGUUCUUUUCAGAUGACUUCAUAAGUAUCAGUAAACUAUUAUUCACUUUUCCUUAUGUAGCUGCAGAAGUAACUUGAAGAAUUAAAAUUACUCUUUUACUACACAUUGGAUUCAUCCAUGAAUUGGGAAGAAUAUGUGUAAGAUUAAAACAGUAAGAAAGAUCUGUCCGAUGGCAGAUGUUCAAAUCAUUUUCUGAUUAGUGGAUUUAAUUUAAAUUCAUUGAAUUUUAGAGUUUCAUUUGCUAAAAGGAAUUUCAACAACUUUCUGAUUUUGUAUGGAAUAGUGAAAAUUCCAACUCAUUUUUUUUUGGUGUACUACCCUCAGGAAAAGGCAAAUUGUAAUGUAAUCUCUUUUUACUAGGAUUUUUAAGGGGCAACUGCUAGGUUCAGUAUAAAUAUAUCUGAAUCUAUUGUAUCUUCCAUAGUUAUAGUACUGUCCAGGGAUAAUUGCAGUUCCUAGUCUUAACUCUAGACGUAUCCUGAAGGGCCUAUGUCUGUAAAUUAUCUUUAAAUUGUUCUAUGUUAUUUUAGUGUUAUGUGAAUUACAUUGCUUCCAGCUCUUUGAAAAUCGUUAAUUCAACUGCAGGUAAGGCGUCAGUUACUGAGACUGUUCAGAUAACUGAAACAUCCUGUUCAUACCCAUUCCUGACCAGUGGGACCACUGUACUAUUUUCAAGGAUAAGAUACCACUGUACUAUUUUCAGGAUAAGAACCAUGUUAUAAAUAGAAGUAUAGUGUCCUAGUGAGUGUGACAAAUAUAGGAAACAUGAUUUAACCCAUGACAUAUGGUUUGAUUUGUAGGACAUCCCCAAGUGCUUAAUACAAAUGAGAAAUGUACUAUAAUCUUAAGGGAUAAAGAUGUUUAAAUGAUGGACAUAGAUUGAGGGCCACAUCUGAGCAUCAGUUUGAAAUCAGAAUAUCUCCUCUGUCAAGGAGUGACUUUACUUUCUAGUUGGGUCCUUGAUAAACUUUUGAAUCUCUCUGAGUCUGGGUUUCCUCAUUUUAAUAUAAGGAGGAAAGAUCUAACUUGUACCUUUUCAAAUGGUUGUCACAAGGGAUUAAUGAGUCAGUGUAUUGAAAAGUGUUUGGCAAAGCCUUAUACGAACUCCAUAGUUCAUUAUGUUCCAGAGUUUAAAACUGAGCUGGUGCUAUAGUAUUUCUUUGCACAUUUUCAGAGACCUCCAAAUUGUGCUUGGACAGUUUGAAAAAUGAUUUAUUUUUCUCUUUGUGAUCAGUAAAUAAGGUCCAAGCUUUAGAUGUUGUAUUUUAUUUUACCCCACUCCUAAUGGAAUAGGUGAUUUGUGACCUCUCCAAAGUUGUACUAUACAUAAGUUGUCCCAUAUCUGUGUUUUUGGGAAGUUGGUCUGUAGCUGGGCUAGUGUUGGUGAAGUGGGCAGGCCAGGCUUGAUUCAGGGCUGUUUUUGAGGUAGGGGGAAAAAGUGCAGUCUAUUAGAGGAACUUUCAGUACUGAAUGAUAAAGGAAUAAGGUUUUAGUCCUUGUAUGUUACCUUAGUCUAUUACUUGAGCUUUCAGCAAUUACAGCUGAGAAUGGAAAAGAAUCAUAUUUUCAGUGUAGGGGAAUCUUUGCAACCUACCUGCCUUUGCACUUUAGAAAUCACAAUUGCCUUUUCUUCAUGUUAAUGAGGUUAAUCCAUUAAGUGGGAUUUUUAUAUGGUAAGACAUUAUUUUCAAGUAAAUUAAUUCUCACUCUUAAAGCUGUUGAGAAUUCACUUAGGUGGUUGAGGAGAAGCUUUGUACUUUAGUUUACUGAGUGUCUUUAUAUAUAUAUAUACACACUUUGCCUUAAAAUAUAUAGUAUGGUUAUGGCAUUACGUGUUUUAAAGAGGGAGAGAAUGCUUGAAUUAUUGUGGCUAGAUAGGGGCAGGUAGACAAGCACAGGCCCAACUGGAAGGAUGACUUGAUGGUAGUUGAGCACUUUGCAAGGUACCUCCAGUGAGAUGCCAGACCCUAGUAACAAGCUCACCUGGAGGGGAGUUUGUUUGUGGUGCAGGUUUAAUGCCAAGGAUCAGUUCUUGGAAACAGAAGGUAUGUGGGGUGCCAAUUGAAGAUCAGGGGACAGAAAUGUUUUCAAAACCACCAAGUAUAAAUCACAUAAGAUCAAUAGAUAGUCGUGAUCAGCCAUCUACAUACAGAUGAGGAUGUUUGUCAGUUUGAAAAUGGAUCGAUUGUUGAAUUUUUCUUUGUUUCUCCCCAGUUAAGAUAUGCAAGUUUAGCAUUCUGUAAGUGUUGGAUCAGAAUUUCUGAUGCCCUUGGCACUACUCAGUGUCAGUUUAGACAUUGGCUCCUAAUUUUUUUUCUUUUUCUUUUUUAAGACACAGUGUUUCACUGUUGCUGGAGUGCAAUGGCUCUAUCAUAGCUCACUAUGGCUUCAAACUCCUGGGCUCAAGUGAUCUUUCCACCUCAGCCUCCCGAGUAGGGCUAUAGCUAGGACUAUAGGUUCACGCCACCAUGCCUGGCUAAUGGUUUUUUUUUUUAUUUUUAUAGAGACAGGGUCUCCCUUUGUGGCUCAGGCUGGUCUCUAACUUCUGGCUUGAAGCAAUCCCCCUGCUUCAGCCUCCCAAAGUGUUGGGAUUAUAGGUAUGAGCCACCUUGCCCGGCCCCGUUUUGUUUUUAUAAUAUCGUUAAAAUACCUCAUCCAUUUCAAAUAACCAUUUUGCAGGGUGGUGGGGGAUUUUUCUGAGAUGGUGUUGAGUCACAGUUAGUGUUAUUUGAGGUUCUAGUAAGUAUCAAAGUGUGCCUUGUGUUAAAUGAUUCUAUUUGAGCUUAAAAUGUAAUUUCAUUUCUGUUACUUGUUUAUUGACUCAGAAUGCAUUUAUUGAGAUCUAGACCAGGUUCUUUGUUAAUGGAAUAUUCUACUCUGUUCUCAUGUUUUUGGAAUCUUGUAUAGAGAACGGUAUCUACCACCAAACUCCUAAGGCUGGAUGGUGGUAAGUUUAAUUCUUUGCUACCUUCUGAAAUUUGAGAAAUAGUAAAAUUGGAGCACCUUCAGGCUGUGUUAGACUUUAAGGCUUCUAAAUUAUAUUAGAAUGUAAGGAUACAUCUUUGUUUUGACCCUGGAAAGAGUAGUAAAGAUUUUCAUAAAGGCCAACUAGUCAUAAAACCUUACUUAAAUUGACAUGAUCCUAACUCACAAUUAUGAAAAGCUUUCGGUUGAAAUAAUUGUGUAGAAAGUGAUCUUUAUACAUGAACAAAGGUAGGAUGUUUUAGAAAUAAUUGAAGAUUCUAAGAUCCCAGGAAAUAUAAUGGUUUAAUUUAUUUUUAAGGGAUUUAAGAUUCCCCAUAGCCUAUGAAAGAGGAGUCUCUAUUAAAAAUAACUCCAUUGUUCUAGAUGUAGCUAAUUAGGGAUUUGCAAUUAUCCAGGCAAGGCUAGGGUAAAGUUUGGCUGCCUAUUCUAUAUGAAAAUGUUUUACUGUAAAUAUCAAGUUUAAAUAGAUCUUAAGAGGAAUAUUUACCUAAUUAAAAGAACAAACCACUUUUAAGCACCUUGGGAAAAUCAAUUUACUUAAAAGCAGUGUAAAAAUGCAGAAUGCAUUCACUGAUGCUGGUCUGCUGGUGGUCUUUUCAUAGAGAUACAGGAGCCCCUGGAAAGUCAGUGCUCUCUGUGGAUUGCCAUGAAAUAAAUGUUGAUUGACUCAAUGCUAUCAUGUGAACUACGAACAGUUUACCAGCAAUGGGUAGAACUAUAUUAUUUGCUUGCAAAAUAUAUCACAACAAUAAGCACAAUAUCUGCCUCCCCCACCCCACUCCACUCUACCAAUAGACUCCAACUAUGCCUAUUUAUUGGUUUUGGAGUUUUUCUAUCGACGUUUGUUUUGCUACUUGUUAACUUCUUUUGUCACGUGUAAGCAUUUGAUGGCAGAUUGGUGAGAGCAGGUGUUAAAGGUUUAAGAACAUCAUUACUGCUUUUAGCUUCAUUUCUUCUGCCUUUGUGUUUGGGCAGGAUUGUGGAGAGUCCUGAGUUUAGUAUUUAGAUAAGCUAAUUACACGUCCUUCUCCUCUACUUUUACUAAAGCAAGAUCCUCCUGGGCAGCUUAGUUCCAGGUACUGUAUGAACUUGCCAGUAAUAAGAAUAAGUUUCUUUAAAAGAUUUCUGGAUAUUUUACGUUUUAUACUCAAUUACUCAGAUGCGAGGUUUUCUAGUAUGUGACUACUUAGGGGUCAGAUUUGACCAGUUUUUAACAGUACAAGUUGUACAUAUAGGAUACUUAAUGUAUUUCUAGGAUACUAUGCUUCAUUUUCUCUUAAUAUUUUAAAGGUUUUAAAAAACCCAUUCUAUACCUUCUAUAUCUUUUAUUGUUUAAGUCAUUCAAUGGGAAAGAAAAUAAUAAAAGUCUUUAGAUGCUGUUUCUGAUUUUUUGAUCAUGGUUUUUUUAAUCUCAAGAAAAAUAAUUCUGAUUAAGAAAUAGAGGUAAACAUUAUCCUGAAGUAGUGAAUUAGAGAAUACUUAAAUAUACUGAGCUGGAAUCCUUGUGUAUUGCUGUUGGGAAUGUUAAAUGAUAAAGCUACUGUGGAAAACAGUUUUGUAGUUCAUAAAUAUUUACACAUAGAAUUACUAUAUGAUUCAGCAAUUCCAUUCCUAUUCUUAUACGCAAAAGAAAGCAGGGACUCAGGUACUUAAAAGCCAGUGUUUAUAGCAGCAUUAUUGACAAUACCUAAAAGGUAGAAACAACCCAUGUCCAUCAACAGAUGAAUGGAUAAACAAAAUACGGUAUUAUAUGUUGGAAUAUUUUGGUACAGUGGAAUAUUAUUCAGCCAUAAAAAAGAAGGCAAUUCUAAUACAUGCCAUAACAUGAAUGAAUCUUGAAAACAUUAUGCUAAGUGAAAUAAGCCGGACACAAAAAGAUAAAUAUUGUAUAUAUCCACUUGCAUGAGAUGACUAGGAUAGGUAAAUUCAUAGAAACAAAAAGUAGAAUAGAGAUUACCAGGGCUUGGGGGAAGGGAAAAUGGAGAGAUAGUGUUUCAUGGGUUUAGAAUUUCUGUUUGGGAUGAUAAAAAGGUUCUGGAAAUGAACAGUGGCGAUGGUUGUACAACAUUAUGAAUGUAUGUAAUGCCACUAAGUUGAAUGCAGAAAAUGGGAAAUUUUUUGUUAUGUAUAUUUUAUGACAAUUAAAAAAUGCAAAAGUAAAUAUUGAGGAUGUAUCCUACACAGUCUCCAUAUGCCUCUUUACUCCCCCUUGGUCUGCUUCAGGCAGGUAUAUAGAUAGUUAUUUUUUCUUCAUCUGUCUGUUGCAGUGUAAAUGGAGAUUUCCCUAGGCCAUUUUUUGGAGAUCAGAGAGUUUCCUUAUUUUAUUAACUGACUUAAAUUUAAGAGGAAAAUGUUUAAAAGUAGAUCUCUGGAGGGGAAAAAAGGGCAUUUUAAUAUUGAGAUGAAUCAGGGAGUUUAUUAAUAUUCGCAGACCAUGUAAGCACAUGAAGAUAAUCUAUCCUGAAUAGCACAGCGAGUCAGAAAUCCAGGAGUAGGUGUACAAUCGGACCUGUCACAUUUUCUAACCUUUAAACAUUGUUUUUUUUUUUUUUUGAGACAGAAUUUCGCUCUUGUUGUCCAGGGUGGAGUGCAAUGGUGCGAUCUUGGCUCACCCUGACCUCUGCCUCCCGGGUUCAAGCGAUUCUCCUUCCUCAGUCUCCCGAGUAGCUGAGAUUACAGGCAUGCACCACCACCCCUGGCUAAUUUUGUAUAUUUAGUGGAGAUGGGGUUUUCUCCAUGUUGGUCAGGCUGGUUUUGAACUCCCGACCUCAGGUGAUCUGCUCGCCUCUACCUCCCAAAGUCCUGGGAUUAUAGGCAUGAGCCACCGUGCCUGGCCUAACCUUUAAACAUUUUAUUCAUUCUUGACAUCAUUAGUACUGUGGAAAAACUUUGAUUUCUGUUUAAGAGAAAUGGUGUAAGUCAUCUCUUUAACUCAUGUUGGAAAUGCAUUAGGUGUUAGAAUUCUUUAGUUCCUUAGACUGUAAAGCCAAGUUACAAAAGGGAUAGAGUGAAAGAAAACACAUAAAUUCUGUUUUAUUCAUCUGAACUUGUUUCUGGCAUCUAAUGAUUGCAUAGUAGGUUCUGCUCCCUCUGUUUUUUCUUGUGAGGUAUUUGAUGUUGAGUGUAGUUGGAUCAUUUACCAAAAGAUGGGCAAGAUUUUCAUUAAGUGAUGGGAUACCAAAGCCUAAACGUCAGAUGAAAAGUGUGUGUACUCAAAAUGUCAGAUACAAAUUCUAAUGGAAAGAUUUAAAUUCAAAUGCAAGUUAAGUUCUUAAGGAAAAUUACAUACCAUUUGCUACCACAAAAUGUUUACCAUUCAUUCCAGAACUCCUGGAAAACAGUGUCAAAUUGCAAGGGUGUGAUAGUAAUGUGUACGUGUACUCUCUGUGGGUAUAUUUUCUUUUUUUUUUUUUUUUAAGAUGGUGUCUCACUCUGUCACCCAGGCUGGAGUGCAGUGGCACGAUCUUGGCUCACUGCAACCUCCGUCUCCCGGGUUCAUGUGAUUCUCCUGCCUCAGCCUCCGGAGCAGCUGGGAUUACAGGCACGUGCCACCAUGCCUGGCUAAUUUUUGUGUUUUUGGUAGAGAUGGGGUUUCACCAUGUUGGCCAGGCUGGUCUCGAACUCCCAACCUCAGGGGAUCCACUUGCCUCAGCCUCCCAAAGUGCUGGGAUUACAGGCAUAAGCCAACACGCCCGGCCUUUGUGGGUAUAUUUUCGUGUGUGUGUGUGUGUGUGUGUGUGUGUGUAUAUAGUGUAUAUAUAGUAUAUAUACUCUUUAUAUAGUGUGUGUGUAUAUAUAUUGCUGUAUAUAUAAAUGGCUUGAUACAAAUUCCACUCAAUGAGCUUUUCAUACCAUAGCUGUCAUUUUUGUGGCCUACUAAUUUCUCUGGCGGUAGGGUCAUUACUGAUAAUCAAAAGGUAUUGAGAGUCAUGGUCUCAUAUCCAGGAGUGAUAUGAAGAAUUAUUACAUUGCGUUUAGAAUGCUCUUAAAUGAUUUUGGCCUAUUCAAAAGAAAAUGAUCUCCCCUUUUCUUUGCAUAUCCUUGUUAUGUUCCAGAGCCAUCAUUUUAGAUAGCUUAUCAUUUUCUUUCUUUCUUUCUUUUUUUUUUUUUUUUUGGCAUUUCGCUCUUGUUGCCCAGACUGGAGUGCAAUAGCGCGAUCUCGGCUCACCGCAACCUCCGCCUCCCGGUUUCAAGCAAUUCUUCUGCCUCAGCCUCCCGAGUAGCUGGGAUUACAGGCAUGCACCACCAUACCUGGCUAAUUUUGUAUUUUUUUUUUUUUAGUAGAGACGGGGUUUCUCCUAACUUAUCAUUUUCUUAAAUAUCUUCUAGCACUUUAUCUGUACUAUUCAGAAGACUUGACUUUUUCAUUGUUGUCUAAUAGUCUCCUUGUCUCCCUUAUUUGUGAGUAGGGAUGAUUUCUGAUUUAACUUGGGGUCUUUUCAUCGUGGGUACACAGUGAAUGUUCAUUUGAUGGCUGGGUGGCUGGAUCCCUAGUUUGAAUGUGCCAUUUAAACUUAGCACCUUUCAAUAAGAAUGAUACAGUGGACUUUGGGGACUCAAGGGGAAAGGUUGGGAAGAGGGUGAGGGAUAAAAGACUACAAAUUGGGUUCAGUGUAUACUGCCCAGGUGAGGGGUGCAUCAAAAUCUCAUAAAUCACCGCUAAAGAAUCUACUGUCUUUGGAACAUGGCCUGUAUUUUAGGCAUUUUUGUGUUUCCAUGGUGUUCUUCAGUUUUUUCCUCAAAGUAGAGAACUAAUAAAUAUUUAAUUGAACAAAUGAAGAUGAAAGGCAUGAGUCACCUGUAGUGCAAACCUAGCUUUUUAUUCACUGCUAUUUUAAAGAAAUAAAUGUUCUUCAGAGAAUACAUGACUUUUUUCAUGUUUCUAUUAGAUUGUGAAUUGAUUUGGAAAAUUCGAACAAAAAGCAGUAUUUAUGUUCCAUGAAAAUAUGGGCCCUCAAUUAUGUACAUUUUGUUUGUUUAUUGGAGUCAGUUCAAAUUAUAAGUUAAGGGAAUUAUUUUUUAAAAUAAUGUAACUUUUCAGAGAUUUGUGGUAGUUUUAAAUGAUCCUUUUAAAAAAUAAUCUUUGUCUUUUUUCUUUUUUUUUUUUUUUGAGACAGGGUCUGGCUCUGCUGCCCAGGCUGGGGUGCAGUGGCAUGAUCUCUGCUUACUGCAGCCUCCGCCUCCUGGGCUCAAGUGAUCCUUCCACUUCAGCCUCCUGCGUGAAUGCCACUAUGCCCAGAUAAUUUUUGUGGUGUUUUUUUUUGGUAGAGAUGAGGUCUUGCCAUGUUACCCAGGCUGGUCUGGAAGUCCUGGGCUCAAGCGAUCCGCCCACCUUGGCGUCCCUAAGUGCUGGGAUUACAGAGACUGGCAAACAGACUGCUCAGCAAGUGUUUAUUGAAUGAAUGAUUUAAUGAUGGAGCAGGACAUGUUGUUUUGACACUGAGAUGCCAUGUGUUUGAACCAGGAAGCCAGCUGAGGGAAGUUCUCCAUGAAUGUACGUCACAAUGAUGAUGACCGACCAAAUCCCUCUGGAACUGCCACCAUUGCUGAACGGAGAGGUAGCCAUGAUGCCCCACUUGGUGAAUGGAGAUGCAGCUCAGCAGGUUAUUCUCGUUCAAGUUAAUCCAGGUGAGACUUUCACAAUAAGAGCAGAGGAUGGAACACUUCAGUGCAUUCAAGGACCUGCUGAAGUUCCCAUGAUGUCACCCAAUGGAUCCAUUCCUCCCAUUCAUGUGCCUCCAGGUUAUAUCUCACAGGUGAUUGAAGAUAGUACUGGAGUCCGCCGGGUGGUGGUCACACCCCAGUCUCCUGAGUGUUAUCCCCCAAGCUACCCCUCAGCCAUGUCUCCAACCCAUCAUCUCCCUCCCUAUCUCACUCACCAUCCACAUUUUAUUCAUAACUCACACACGGCUUACUACCCACCUGUUACCGGACCUGGAGAUAUGCCGCCUCAGUUUUUUCCCCAGCAUCAUCUUCCCCACACAAUAUAUGGUGAGCAAGAAAUUAUACCAUUUUAUGGAAUGUCAAGCUACAUCACCCGAGAAGACCAGUACAGCAAGCCUCCACACAAAAAACUGAAAGACCGCCAGAUCGAUCGCCAGAACCGCCUCAACAGCCCUCCUUCUUCUAUCUACAAAAGCAGCUGCACAACAGUAUACAACGGCUAUGGGAAGGGCCACAGUGGUGGAAGUGGCGGAGGCGGCAGCGGUGGUGGUCCCGGGAUUAAGAAAACAGAGCGACGAGCAAGAAGCAGCCCAAAGUCGAAUGAUUCAGACUUGCAAGAAUAUGAGUUGGAAGUAAAGAGGGUGCAAGACAUUCUUUCGGGAAUAGAGAAACCACAGGUUUCUAAUAUUCAGGCAAGAGCAGUUGUGUUGUCCUGGGCUCCCCCUGUUGGACUUUCCUGUGGACCCCACAGUGGUCUUUCCCUCCCCUACAGUUAUGAGGUUGCCUUAUCAGACAAAGGACGAGAUGGAAAAUACAAGAUAAUUUACAGUGGAGAAGAAUUAGAAUGUAACCUGAAAGAUCUUAGACCAGCAACAGAUUAUCAUGUGAGGGUGUAUGCCAUGUACAAUUCUGUAAAGGGAUCCUGCUCCGAGCCUGUUAGCUUCACCACCCACAGCUGUGCACCUGAGUGUCCUUUCCCCCCUAAGCUGGCACAUAGGAGCAAAAGUUCACUAACCCUGCAGUGGAAGGCACCAAUUGACAAUGGUUCAAAAAUCACCAACUACCUUUUAGAGUGGGAUGAGGGAAAAAGAAAUAGUGGUUUCAGACAGUGCUUCUUCGGGAGCCAGAAGCACUGCAAGUUGACAAAGCUUUGUCCGGCAAUGGGGUACACAUUCAGGCUGGCCGCUCGAAACGACAUUGGCACCAGUGGUUACAGCCAAGAGGUGGUGUGCUACACAUUAGGAAAUAUCCCUCAGAUGCCUUCUGCACCAAGGCUGGUUCGAGCCGGUAUCACAUGGGUCACGUUGCAGUGGAGUAAGCCAGAAGGCUGUUCACCUGAGGAAGUGAUCACCUACACCUUGGAAAUUCAGGAGGAUGAAAAUGAUAACCUUUUCCACCCAAAAUACACUGGAGAGGAUUUAACCUGUACUGUGAAAAAUCUCAAAAGAAGCACACAGUAUAAAUUCAGGCUGACUGCUUCUAAUACGGAAGGAAAAAGCUGUCCAAGCGAAGUUCUUGUUUGUACGACAAGUCCUGACAGGCCUGGACCUCCUACCAGACCGCUUGUCAAAGGCCCAGUUACAUCUCAUGGCUUUAGUGUCAAAUGGGAUCCCCCUAAGGACAAUGGUGGUUCAGAAAUCCUCAAGUACUUGCUAGAGAUUACUGAUGGAAAUUCUGAAGCGAAUCAGUGGGAAGUGGCCUACAGUGGGUCAGCUACCGAAUACACCUUCACCCACUUGAAACCAGGCACUUUGUACAAACUCCGAGCAUGCUGCAUCAGUACCGGAGGACACAGCCAGUGUUCUGAAAGUCUCCCUGUUCGCACACUAAGCAUUGCACCAGGUCAGUGUCGACCACCGAGGGUUUUGGGUAGACCAAAGCACAAAGAAGUCCACUUAGAGUGGGAUGUUCCUGCAUCGGAAAGUGGCUGUGAGGUCUCAGAGUACAGCGUGGAGAUGACGGAGCCUGAAGACGUAGCCUCGGAAGUGUACCAUGGCCCAGAGCUGGAGUGCACCGUCGGCAGCCUGCUUCCUGGAACCGUGUAUCGCUUCCGGGUGAGGGCUCUGAAUGAUGGAGGGUAUGGUCCCUAUUCUGAUGUCUCAGAAAUUACCACUGCUGCAGGGCCUCCUGGACAAUGCAAAGCACCUUGUAUUUCUUGUACACCUGAUGGAUGUGUCUUAGUGGGUUGGGAGAGUCCUGAUAGUUCUGGUGCUGAUGUCUCAGAGUACAGGUUGGAAUGGGGAGAAGAUGAAGAAUCCUUAGAACUCAUUUAUCAUGGGACAGACACCCGUUUUGAAAUAAGAGACCUGUUGCCUGCUGCACAAUAUUGCUGUAGACUACAGGCCUUCAAUCAAGCAGGGGCAGGGCCGUAUAGUGAACUUGUCCUUUGCCAGACGCCAGCAUCUGCCCCUGACCCUGUCUCCACUCUCUGUGUCCUGGAGGAGGAGCCCCUUGAUGCCUACCCUGAUUCACCUUCUGCGUGCCUUGUACUGAACUGGGAAGAGCCGUGCAAUAACGGAUCUGAAAUCCUUGCAUACACCAUUGAUCUAGGAGACACUAGCAUUACCGUGGGCAACACCACCACGCAUGUUAUGAAAGAUCUCCUUCCAGAAACCACCUACCGGAUCAGAAUUCAGGCUAUAAAUGAAAUUGGAGCUGGACCAUUUAGUCAGUUCAUUAAAGCAAAAACUCGGCCAUUACCACCCUUGCCUCCUAGGCUAGAAUGUACUGCUGCUGGUCCUCAGAGCCUGAAGCUAAAAUGGGGAGACAGUAACUCCAAGACACAUGCUGCUGAUGACAUGGUGUACACACUACAGCUGGAGGACAGAAACAAGAGGUUUAUUUCAAUCUAUAGAGGACCCAGCCACACCUACAAGGUCCAGAGACUGACAGAAUUCACAUGCUACUCCUUCAGAAUCCAGGCAGCAAGCGAGGCUGGAGAAGGGCCCUUCUCAGAAACCUAUACCUUCAGCACAACCAAAAGUGUCCCCCCCACCAUCAAAGCACCUCGAGUAACACAGUUAGAAGGAAAUUCAUGUGAAAUUUUAUGGGAGACGGUACCAUCAAUGAAAGGUGACCCUGUUAACUACAUUCUGCAGGUAUUGGUUGGAAGAGAAUCUGAGUACAAACAGGUGUACAAGGGAGAAGAAGCCACAUUCCAAAUCUCAGGCCUCCAGACCAACACAGACUACAGGUUCCGCGUAUGUGCGUGUCGUCGCUGUUUAGACACCUCUCAGGAGCUAAGCGGAGCCUUCAGCCCCUCUGCGGCUUUUGUAUUACAACGAAGUGAGGUCAUGCUUACAGGGGACAUGGGGAGCUUAGAUGAUCCCAAAAUGAAGAGCAUGAUGCCUACUGAUGAACAGUUUGCAGCCAUCAUUGUGCUUGGCUUUGCAACUUUGUCCAUUUUAUUUGCCUUUAUAUUACAGUACUUCUUAAUGAAGUAAACCCAACAAAACUAGAGGUAUGAAUUAAUGCUACACAUUUUAAUACACACAUUUAUUCAGAUACUCCCCUUUUUAAAGCCCUUUUGUUUUUUGAUUUAUGUACUCUGUUUUACAGAUUUAGCUAGAAAAAAAAUGUCAGUGUUUUGGUGCACCUUUUUGAAAUGCAAAACUAGGAAGAGGUUAAACUGGAUUUUUUUUUUUUUUAAAGAAAAAAAAAAAAGAAGAAAAGCAUACCAGAUACCAAAAGCUAGCUUUCUUAUGUUUUCCUUUAAAUUUUCAGAUUUAUCUUCAUUCUGUUUUCACUGAUGUCUUUGCAAGCCUUUAAUUUUUUUUUUGUUACAGUUUAGUAAUUUAUAUUCACCAGUCACUUCUUAUGUCUUGAACAUCUGUAUCUGUAAACAUGAAUCACCGUGUGUGUACUUACAGGGCUAGGAUUUCAGUGUUGUCAGAGUAUUACCACAUAGCAACAGCAACAUACAGAAGAUAUGUUCACUCAGAUAAGACUGCCCUAAACAACCAUUUUGUCACUCAGUUAUUUAACUGUGUUUAGCUCAUUUAAAUCAAAAUGUGUACUUUAAUCUAAAAUGUUUUAAUAAUCUGUAUUUCUUAUAAUUUUAACACUAUGAGCUGCCUGUAUAAGAAAUCAAGUAACCAGAAUGCACCUAUAAAUUAUGGAGCAUUGUAGAUUUUACCACAUCAAUUCAUAGCAGUAACUUUAAGAGGGCAUUGUGCAAUAGUUAGUUGUUUUCUUGUUCAGCUGUUUUAAAGGCUGCUUUAACUUGUUUGUUUGUCUUUGUAUAUAACUACUUCUAAUCUAAUCACUAGAGUUAUUAUAUUCUGUUAUGUUUGACCAGAAUUACAUGACAAGAACUGGUGACAGUUUAGUGCCUCUGCCCAUUGUCCAUGAUUUACACUAAUUGUGAGCAGUCUUCUUAUGUGUCAGCUCAUUAUUUUUGAAACAUUUGCCUUUAGGCUGUUCUUUGAGGUAUCAAUGAAGUGAUUGAAUUUCAAUACCUUAAUUCAGUGCACACAAUGCUAAUGUAACAGCAGAUGAAAAUUGAUAAAAACCAAAAGAGAGUCAUCUAAAUUUGUAGUUCCUAUUUCUGUGGGUUUGCCUGGCCAUGGUUGGAGAGGGAAUGGUGUUUGAUGGUAAACACAGGGUGUUUGGGGAUCAAGGAGCCUAGAUUCUCUCCCUGGAUCUGUCACUAACUUGCUGCGUGACCUGAACACGUCACUUUACCUCUCUGUGCCUCAGUUUUCCCAUGCAUGAAAAAUAAAAUAAAAUAAAAUGGGGAUUCUAAUGUUUGUAAGUGCUUUGAGAUCUUUGACCAACAGGUGCUAUUGGAGUGCAAAGUGUUACUCUUACGUGUUUAUUUUGAGUCAUGAGAUAAUCAAUUUUAACCCAAAGUCAUUGGAUUAUUUAUAUGAAGUCCAUAAUGUUCGAGUACCUCAGGGACAUUUAAGAGUUGGAGGUGCAAAUAUAUUCCAAAAGGGUGCAACAGACACAGUGUAUCCCCCUGCUUCUGUUUUUGUAUAUUUUUGCUACUUGGUUUUUCUUGAUCAUAGCUAUUUUGUGCUUGAUCUUUAUUGUCUAAGAUGCAGUAUCCUGUACUAGCUUAUAAUAUUCCCAUACCAAAGUCAUGGGGAAACCAACAUUAUUUUGUUUUUGGUUUAUUUAUACUAUAUUCUGCAUACAGUACUUUAAAUGCCAAUUACAGUGCAAUCUUUAUUUAUUGUAAAAUUUUUUAAAUGUACUUAUGUACUAAUUUUCCCUUGUAGCAUGUUAUAUUUUUGUGUUUUAUACUUUUGUAAUUUUAGGUCAGUCUUGUUCCUUGGCAACAUCUGUAGUAUUAUUAAUCUUCUGACAUUUUCUUAUGUUUUUAAAAAGAUGCUCUAGUGCAUUAAAUGCCAAAAAAAAAAAAUCCAUUAUCAGUGAUUGAAACGUUUACAUGUACCCAAAAACCAUAAUCAUCUCUUGGAAGAAAACGCUGAGAUCAAUGAAUUAUUCUGUGUGCCUAUAUUGAUGUAGUGAGUACUAGAGAGUUCUGUAUUUUAUUAUUGACUAUAAUAAUUAGUUUAAUUAGCUUUGCAAACUGAUGGCAUCAAGGUAAAUAUAUUUUUGCCAAAGUUCUGGCCUUCCAAAACUCACCCCCCUAUUUAAAUGUGUGCUAUGACCCACUAUGACGCAGCAUCUGCAUUUUCUAAAAAAUUCCAUGCAGGUGUUUUGGGGAGAGGUAUUUUUUAAGCAAUGAAAAUUCAACUGAGUACAAAGCCCCCCUCUGCGGGGGUUGGGGAAGUCUCUUUUUUGAAACACUUCAGAACUGCUGCUAUAAAGAAAUUCUCUGAAUUGGUUGAAUUUUUUUUAAGUAAAUAGUACUUUAGGCCAAAAUUUAUAUGAAUAUUUGAUCUUCUUGAGAUUUUCAUACUAUCAUUUAACCACCAGGAAGCUGAAGUGUGUGAAAUACAAAGCUGACAGCACUUUAUUUUAUUGCUCUCCAUUAUUUGGUAUUCAUUAUAUUCCUUCAGUCAGAAAAUUAUUACUCUCUAUGGCACUGUUUUCUAUCACAAAUAUGUAUAUGUGAUAUUGAUAUAUAACUCUAUAUAUUGCCAUUACACACGAACAAUAAAAUAAAGUGUUCUGUUAACCUGAUCUCUUUGCCCUUUUGCAAUGUGAGGAGUGAAUGAGUGGCCUUCUGAUGCUCUGACUCUUCUCUGUAUGUCAAACUCAUCCCUGGCACAAGAAAUUCCAGUCAUGUGAAGCAAACUGCCCUUUGUCCUCAAAGAAAUUGUUGAAAAAGAAAACUUUUUAAAGAGAUUUUUUGCAUAUUCUCUGCCUUGUUCUUAUCAACUUGAAAUGCUGGCAUUUUCUAACCUUGUUUUGUUGGCUACAAUAAUUCAGUAUUCAUGUCAAAAUUGAGAAGUGCCCUAAUUGAAUGUGUUUGAAUGUUAUCCUUGCACAAUUCUUUAAAUUGAAAGAUAAAAUGUUUUACCUCACUGUUGGACAUACAUUCCAAGCUUUUCAACUCUAGGAGAAAAAGAAAAUCAUGUUUUCCUGUAUUGUAAAUUUUAGACUAUUUCAUAUACAUUGUAUUAAAACUGCCAUAUCAAUUUUAAUGUAUAGAUUUUGCAAAUACUAUGCUAUAUGUAAUACCUAACUGUAUCUGUAGUGUAUAUGUAAUAUAUUUAUGCCCAAUAAAUGUUUUAAUUCUUUCUGA